AUGAUUGAAGAUAAAGUCAUUUCCAGGGUGCUAUUGACCGUCAAUAAGUAUUCCGGAGAGAUAUCCUCAUUGAAGACGGCAGUUUCUCAAGGUGAAUACACCUUAGAUUGCUCGUACUACAGCCGUUUACUAGUUUGGAAGACAGUUGCAAUAGUGGAAACACUUCAGAUAACCGAAUGGGAUUCAAAGUUGCAUUCUUCUAGAGUAGUGUAUCAUCAGCUUUCAAAAGACACUAUUGUUCCCUGGCAUUCCCUAGAGCCUGACAAUCCGUUUUACGUCCCCUUGGCUGCUUUUGCUGCUUCCUCAACAAAAGGCCGCACCACAAUUAGCAGUAGCAGGAGCUUGAAAAGAAGUGCUCAACGAGAGCUGACCAUCAAUGAUCCUUUGUCUGAAGUAGAGCAGAAGAUUUCGACGACUGGUGGUAGCCAUGAUAGCGAUUUAGAACUUUUACAAGCUAUAAUGAUGGACAUUGAACGGCUAUUUCCAGGUGAAGAAUUCUUCCGUGAUGAUAAACAUAGGAAACAGCUUAUUGAAGUAUUAUAUGUAUGGUCCAAAUGUAACCUAUCCAUUGGCUAUAAACAAGGAAUCCAUGAAAUUCUCGGGUUGAUUUAUUUCAACAUGUAUAAAGAGUCCAUACAGGUGGACAAGUCUAAGACCACAGACAAGAAUGAGCUUACCAUAUUAAACCUAUACAACCAACAAUAUCUUAAACAUGAUUUGUUUACUAUCUUCAACAAAUUCAUGGUGGGGGGUGGUAUUAUCACCACGUAUUAUGACAGCGAACGAACUUUAAUUGAAGCAAUAGAUCAAUUUAACGUGUAUCUCAUGAAGGUAGAUCAGGUGGUAUAUUAUACCCUUUUGCAUAAACUUAAGUUAGAGUCUCAGUUAUGGAUUAUGCGAUAUUUCCGAUUACUCUUAAGUCGUGAAAUUAACGAUUUGAACCAAUCAUCAGCAUAUUGGGAUUUACUUAUUUGUACUCCCAAUCUCAGUUGUAUUCCUGAAUUGAUGUCUUUCUGCAUUGUGGUGCUAUUGAUACGAGUUAAACAUGAUAUACUUACUGGAGAUUUUAGCGAAUGUCUUGAAUUAUUAUUGCAUUAUCCUCUACAGGAACCUAUAGAUGAUCCCAAUUAUUUCCAAUCGUUUCAAGUGCUGAAUAGUACGUUUAUGAUAGGGGAUAUUCUCAAUGAUGCCUUCAAGCUAUAUGAACAGCGUUCACAUGACUUGAAGUUGUAUGAAUUAGGCCUUAAGCUCAAUAAGAAGUACAAUCCCAAUUUACGAGUGUCCAUGUCUUUUUCAUCCGCUCCUACAACUAGAGAAUCAAGUCCUGCUAAAAGCAGCAUGGAUAAGCCACGACUUCCGAGUGAAGAACCUAAAGGAGAACCAACUCAAAUUUCAAAUAAAAAGCUGAAAUACACACAGGCCAACUUGAUAGAAAGCCGUGCUAAUCAAGCCCAAUUCGAGAAGAUGAGAAUGGAAAUGAGGUUGAAGAAAAAGGUUCAACAAAUGUUGAAUUCACCCAACUAG